UCGAGGCUUGUUUUACAUAUGUUUUUUUCCUGGCCGGGUUGAAUUUAAAGUGAAGUGGCCGCAUUGUUCGAGAGGCUCCUUGCCCCUACGCAUUGACAGGAGCUGCUGUUUACACGGGCUUUUCAUUCCUGCGCUGUUUGCUUAUGGAAAAUAAGGGGGAGUGACAGAAAAAGAGAGAGAGAGAGAGAAAGGGAGAAGGGAAGAGAGGGAGGCCCAGACCGCAGUGCAACCCAGGAACCUUGGCCCUGCCUGGUCAUUAACCCCGCCGGUGGAGGCGGCAGGCUCUGGCUCCCCGGCCUGUCACUGGCAUGUGAGCGGGCAGGGGCUGCGGGCGCUGCCGGCCCCUCACGGCCCCGCGGUUGGCUCUGCGUGCAUUUCCUCGUCGACGCACACACACACCCCCCCAGAGCGCGCCUCUGCCCUGACUGCAGACAUGAGACUCCAGCUGUUCCUUUGGAUCGUGGUCGCGCUCCUGGCGAGCCUCCUCCCAGCCUACGGACAGCGGCCAGCCAACCUGGCCCUGCGCAGGAAGCUCCACCGGCACGGCUGCUCCCACCGGCGCUGCAUGCCGCUCCACUCCAGGGUGCCCUUCCCCUGAGCCCCGGCGGAGCGUGCCCAGCAACUUCAUACUGGACUUUUCAGUGUUUUAAAGGAGCAACAGUUUAACUGGUAAGAGAAGUUUGUCAAAAGUCCAGAUCAACAACAGCUGACCUGACAGCCACCACAAUCCCAUCUUCAGCAGUCCUGUCUGUCACAUUCUACUGGACCUGGACUAAAGGCCCCUGUCUCACGCCCUAGGAAGUGGUGAUGGUGAAAGGGUGGUGAUGAGGGAUGUACAUGAACUUACCUGGUUGAAUCAUCCCCUGUAAAUUAUUUGGCUCUCACAAUGAGUAGUGAAAGUUAAAGAUCAAAUCAAACAUCAGGUACUUGAGCUGGAUUUCCAGUGGUAGUAAGAAGGAAGGAUCUGUCCAAGGGCACUCUUGAUGGUAUAUAAUGUUCAGACCAAGUGAAACUGGAAGUGCUGUUGAAUACUCAGUUCAGGCAGCAAUGUUUAGGAUGGACUAGUAUCAGACUACAGCAUGGAACGGUGAAAGUCCAUUUUUUGUUUAUAUUUUUAUAUAUUAAUAAUAUAUACAUAUAUAUGUUUUAACAUCUAACAUUACAUCUUUAUGGAAUUCUUAAUAAUAACAUAGAAUGCAUUACUGUAAUAGUAUCAAAGUCAGAACCACACUAGUGGUCCUACUGGUUUCAUGUAUACUAAGCAUAGUAAGAGUUUACAAUAUAAGAAAGCAAAGAGAGUGUUAUCCCUCAUUCUAUAGAUAGAGAAUUGAAGCACACAGAGAUAAGAGAUUAGCCAAGGGUCAUGCAAAACUGAUAACUCAGACUUCUCAAGCCAGGCCUUAAGGUCAAGCUCCUGUCUAAGGAGCUGUGAUUGCAAAGCCUAUCAUUUGUUUUCUUAACUGGGCUGCCAAACCAGACAGUUAAAACAUACUUGAAAAUUCAGUACUACAGAGCUAUUUGCUUAAUAGUAGUUUUCCUAAAAUACCCGCUACAGUAUUAUAAAUAGAGCAUAAAAAUAGACCAUUGAAAAGAAACCUUUGUUUGGUCAGCCCAAGUGUUGCAUAGCACUCUAUUCCUGUAAUUUAAAUGAAUGGGAUAUUUGAACAUGGCACUACAAUGAAUGAGUACUUCAAACAGAAAACAGGCUGUUCUUUUCAGCACUGGAGGUCAAGAAUACAUCUGACUUUAGUCUGAGUUUUGUUCUUAAAAAUAUAUGCUUCACAUCUGCCUUUUAUAUCAGCAGAAAUUACAUACCUACAUAUAAAGGAAAACGUGAUAGCCCUUGCAUUAGCACAACUAAAACAAACCUGAAAAUAAAACAUACGCAGAUUUUUAAGUCAUUGCACUAGACUUGAAAUGUCAACAUUUUUUAUAAAAUAAAUAAAGAUGAUCAAAGAUCAGAAAUGUCGUGGUUUAAAUCCAGUAUCACAAUUUUUUUCUCGCAACAUAUGGUUUCUAAUAAAUGAAACAGCAACUGGAUAGCUGAAACUUUCUAAUCUGUGUCUAUAUGUAACCCCUUAUAUCUAAGAACUUGAAACCUUACUUGUAACAGGAGUUACAAAUUUUUCUACAUGAAAAAAAAUUUAAGUAUAACAUCAGACACAGUUCUGGAGUUGUGUAAAACCAUCAUAAAAAGAUGGUCAAACUUGUCUAAACCAACAAACAGUCCUGCAGAUAAACCUUUGCAGUCUUGAAAAAAAAAGCAGUUUUCCAAAGAGGAGUUCUACCACUUAUAUCUGUAUUUUUAAUUAUUUAUUUAACUUGGCUUUGAUAUGUAUCCCCGGCUAUCUCUGUUUAGAAGUACAGGUAAAGAGUGUGGGAAACCAAGGAAAGUGAAGAGUAGCUAUUUAACAGUUAUAUCUUAUGAAUGAGUAAAUGGAUCUAUUGUGGCACUGGAUAUUUUAUAUAACCAUAAUUAUUCAAUUAACUUCAACAAAUUCGCAAGAAAAACAUAAUGUAUCUAUCAGAAAGCUAUAUAUGCAUGUUCCUUCACUGAAGUAAAAAUAAAGCAGCGCCCUAGGAAGCCCAUUGUCAGUCUACAAAAUUAUUCUAAAUAUCUGGUCUUCAAAGGCAUGCUGAUACCAUAAAAUCUGCUUUGAAAAAGGCAUUGAUUGUGAACUUCAAUAGAUAUGUUUAUCAACCAGAUGAUUGAUUGUAUAUUUUGUAAAACGAUAGUACACAUUUCAGAUAAUAUCUCAUUUGAAAUAAACCUUGUACACUCCUCAAAGUCUGUAUUCUUCAGCUGUCAAAAGCAAAGCAUCUAAAGGAAAUUGAGAACUUGCCUAUUUUCCCUGUGGGUUCAUAUAGAAUCAGUGUGUAAAAAAUUUUUACUCAAUUUAUGACACAAAUAAAUGAUAGUUAAUCAUGGAAAAAUUUUCCUGACAUUUUCUGUCUGUCUAAAAAUGCAAAAUUCUGAUUAAAGUCAGAUUUGCAUUUGA